AUGAAAGAGAAACAUGACUCACCAUUCCUCAUGAAAGCCCCUUCCAAGACUCAUAACCGGACUUUUCCAUCAUACCACCAAACCAAAGCCAUAACAAUAGCACUUUCAGGAAUCAACAAACUAAACAUAAAAAUCAUCAAAAGAGCAUUUGAGGGUUCACUGAAAAUUGGGCAAUGGAGGCUAAGGCGAUCCAAGCAGCUCCCAUCAAAAUGGGCCAUGCCUUCUGAGCUCCUCGGACACAAGCUUCUUUUUUGGCGGAAAAUGAGCGGCGACGGCGUUAGGAGAAACGAGCAUGGUUAA